AUGCGUUGCCCCAUCUUCCAGAGACCAGCAGGUGUAACAGUUCACCCUCCCGAAUGUGGGCUGGAGCCUGCCACUUCUGGGACUGUGUGCCAACUGAGCUGUCCCCAGGGAUUCGUCUUGUCUGGAGCUAGAGAAGAACUAAGGUGCAUUUCAUUUGGGAAAUGGAGUGCAAACAUCCAGGAGGCUCUGUGUAAAGAUAUUGAAGCUCCUCAGAUCCACUGCCCAGAAAACAUUGAGACUGAGACUCUGGAACAUCAUAACUCUGGUAAUAUCAGCUGGCAGAUACCAACAGCUGAGGAUAACUCUGGAGACGAGGUCUCAGUUCGCGUUACCCCAGCUUUCAUACCACCAUUUCUUCUCCCAAUUGGCGAAGUUGCCGUUACUUACACAGCAGCUGAUAAGUCAGGCAAUGAGGCAAGCUGUACCUUCAGUGUCAAGGUUAUUGAUACAGAACCUCCUGUAAUUGACAGAUGCAGAUCUCCACCACCCAUGCAAGCAGUAGAGAACGAGUACCCAGUGACAUGGGAAGAACCACAAUUUUCAGACAAUUCAGGUGCUCCACUAACAAUCACUAGGAGUCAUGCACCUGGAGAUCUCUUUCCCAAAGGAGAGACAACAGUUCAGUACACAGCCAUGGAUCCCUCUGGCAAUAACAGAACAUGUGUGAUCCACAUUGUCAUCAAAGGUUCACCCUGUGAAAUCUCCUUUGAGCCUGUGAAUGGUGAUUUUAUAUGCACAUCAGAUGAAGCUGGAGUUAACUGCACAUUGCGCUGUGCAGAUGGCUAUAGCUUUUCAGAAGGAUCAAGUGAAAACUACUAUUGUGCAUAUGAGGAUGGUGUCUGGAAGCCACCUUAUUCUCCAGAGUGGCCUGGCUGCUCUUUAAAUCGUUUCGCAAACCAUGGGUUCAAAUCCUUUGAGAUGCUCUACAAAGCAACGCAGUGUGAUGACAACAAUCUUCUAAAUAGCUUUACUGAUGCAUUCCAGAGUGCGCUUGGUAAAAUG